AUGGGUAACCAGGCCUCCAAAGAAGGCGGUAGUCCUUCCACGCCCAAGGGCGCCGGCUCCGACGGCCCUCUUCAGUCUUAUCCUUCCAUCAGCAGGUCCGAUACAAAGGAAUCGUCUCGAUCCUUUCGCUCGCUCCGGUCCAAGAUUCCGGGCGGCAGCAGCGGCAAGUCCAUGACCAAUGUCGACAGCCCCAGGAAUUCGGCCUCGCUUUCCAACGGCGAGUCCAGCAGCGACAGAACACCCGAUGCCGCGUCGGUUCGGUCCGGCCGCAGCGGCCGUUCCAGCGCUUCUAGAAAUAGCCGCGGCGACCUGCCCAACUCGAAGAACAACUCUGCAGAUGUGUCGUCGCCCGACCCGGCCAUCCUCCAAGAUCAGCCGCCGCCCCCGUCUCCCGUAUUGCAUAGCGCAAAAGGUGCUGCGCACGACGUCGCUGCCGCCCAAGCCUCGGGCGAAGUCGACCAUGUCUCCGACCAGCCUCCCACUGCAAGCAAUGCCAGCGCCACCGCGCAUCUGCUGUCGCCGGGACAGCCGAUUCUAGUGAAGAGGGACAGCAUCGUGAACAAUGUGCGAAACUCACCUUCCAUGGACUCCACGACCAGGAUUGAAUCUAAUGGCAACAUGGCCAUGUCGGAGAUCAAGGAUAUGGACCUUGAUGACUACAUUAAGCGGCUCCUAGACGCAGGCUAUGCCGGCAAGGUGACCAAGAGUGCGUGUCUGAAGAACGCGGAAAUCGUGGCCAUUUGCCAGCGAGCUCGCGAGGUUUUUCUCUCGCAACCGGCAUUGCUGGAACUCGAUGCGCCCGUCAAGAUCGUCGGGGACGUGCACGGUCAAUAUACCGAUCUCAUUCGCAUGUUUGAAAUGUGUGGCUUUCCGCCCAUGGCCAACUAUCUCUUUCUGGGAGACUACGUCGAUCGGGGCAAGAUGUCGCUGGAGACCAUCCUGCUGCUGCUCUGCUACAAGCUCAAGUUUCCAGAAAAUUUCUUUCUGCUCCGCGGGAAUCACGAGUGCGCCAACGUGACACGAGUGUAUGGGUUCUACGAUGAGUGCAAACGAAGAUGCAAUGUCAAGAUAUGGAAGACCUUUAUUGACUGCUUCAACACGUUGCCCAUUGCAGCCAUUGUAGCGGGCAAGAUCUUUUGCGUGCAUGGUGGGCUUUCACCAGCGCUCAGUCACAUGGACGACAUUCGAAAUAUCGCUCGACCGACAGAUGUUCCCGACUACGGCUUGCUCAACGAUUUGCUUUGGUCGGACCCCGCAGACAUGGAGCAGGAUUGGGAAGCGAAUGAGAGGGGUGUGAGCUAUUGUUUCGGCAAACGCGUCAUUACCGAGUUUCUGGCCGUACACGACUUUGACCUCAUAUGCCGAGCACACAUGGUGGUUGAAGACGGAUAUGAAUUUUUCAAUGACAGGGUCUUGGUCACCGUGUUCAGCGCGCCAAACUACUGUGGCGAGUUCGACAAUUGGGGAGCCGUCAUGUCUGUAUCUUCUGAGCUACUGUGCAGUUUCGAGCUCUUGAAACCGCUAGAUUCGAGCGCUCUCAAGAGCCACAUCAAAAAGGGACGCAACAAGCGACAGCAGAUGCUCAACAGUCCUCCCGCGAGCGUACAGCCUCAAAGUGUGUAG